CAGUCGCUAGAGGGGGGAGGAAAGGGCGCCGACGGUCAGCUAGCAAAGCAAAAUCACAGGCAUUGUCGAGUUAAUGUGGCCACUGCUGUCUGCCAUUCCGAAAAUUUCGAGCAGCUGCAGUCGGCGUGACGCCGCCAGAUAGCGUCCGAUUCGCUCGCCAUCAACGAAAGCGGCAGCAAGGGUGGGGACGAAGGCAUGGCGUCGAUGUGCGCGCGAACGUGCGUGAAUAACGAAAGAUUUGAUGCUCUGCUAUGACACUGCUGUUCGUACCGGAGAGGAUAUAGAACUGCGAGUUUCUUCCUGUAAGAAAAGAAAAGAAGAAGAAGAAGAGUCAGGAUCAAGAUGAAGAAGAGCUCGGUGAAGGACCAAGAGAAGCCAGACGAAACAGACGCGAGAGACGACGACAAAGACAUUCGAGAUAAGAUGAAGAAGAUCGAUGUGAAGUCCUCCUCGUCGACGAAUAGUUCCUCUUCUAUGGCGAAGAACUCUGCGCUGUUACCUGGUGGAGUUGCUCGGGUGAAGCAACAGGAGGCUCGGAGGAUCAAUCAAACGAGAUCAUCGUCGUCAGGCUCGGCUACCGACCAGCGGGUGUUAAUUCAUUAAGGAUCAGUGUUACGCUAAUGCGAUGCAGUUCAUCUGGAAAUUUGUUUUUAAUUAUUUUUUUUUUUUACUCUUUCCGCUUAGUCUUCAUGAAUUACUUAUCAAUUUUAUAGUUUGUUACUUUUUAAAGUCCAACCGCCAAACGAUCAUGUUUGAGCAUAUAAUUGACAUGUAGAUUAUAUUAAUGCGACUCGAUAAUGAAAAUUUAUUGUUUAACUUAUUGUUUAAUCAGCGAGAUCGAACAUCAAACAUCGUCGACGAGAGAUGAAACUUUGCCACCAAAGAAUUUAUAUUAAUGAAUCCUGAAUGUUAUUGAAUUUGAUCUGUAUUGUAUUUGUAAUUUAGUUUCAAAUUAUUCACAACAAUGAAUCAAUCAAUCACGUUAUUUUAAAUCUGUUUGAAUUUGCUUUUUCAAUAUUGUAAAUGGGAACUUCAACGACUUGUCUGAUAUAUUCGUUUGUUACUACUCGCAUCUCUGUCUAUAUUUACAGUGAUUAAAAAAGAAUUGGAAAAUUUACAGCUCUCUGUGAUGAACUACAUUCUUCUUUUAAUCACAGAAGCUGCUGUUUUUUUAUAAUAAUCUUGUACUCGUGUUAAUGAGACCCUUAAUGAGUUAAUUAUUGUCUCAUUAUCUCGUGAAAUUCAUAGGAACUGAGUUCUCAACACUGAGUGCUCGAUAAAGAGGAAAGAGAGAGCGAGAUGAAGAAGCUUAUUUUAUUAAGAAGAAUUACCCUGAAUAAAACCGUUUAAAAUUACUUUGAUAUCAAGCUGAAGCUUGUUGUUUAACUCUCAAAUAUCGCAAUCAAAAUCUCAGUAUCAUUCCUAAUGAUUAAGCGUCUCGACACAAAGUCCUCGAGGAAAGAUUCCAUUCAUCGUUCAGUAUAUUUUUUCUUCUCUCUCUCUCUCUCU